ACAUUUUAUGAACUAUAAAUAUAUACUUUUAUUUUUAUUUUUAAUCUUAUUAUUUUAGUAUUAAUAAAUAAUUUCAAAUAACAGCAUCAUAAUAAGUCUUAUAACUAUAUAUUUAAGCAACUAUUUUAUGUUUUCCAUAUUCCUAAAUAUAAUAAUUCUUAAACAAUUUAGAGAGUCGUGAAUAAUACAGCCUAGCCUGCAAAGUAAUUUUCACAGUUAAGAUUAUCAUUUUAUCAAAAAAUAAAAAUGUGAUUAUCCAAUCAAGAGACACGGUAGUGGCUCGCGCCAAGUGAACGCGCAGCGCGAGCCCGACCGUGUGAAUUAAAACAAUGAAAAUCGUUUAAAUCGUCUGGAUAAUUAUAUAUACUUCGUAACCUAUUAUCAUUAUUAUCGAAAUAUAUGCCAAAAGUAGUGUCACGAAUUAAUUUAUAGACACGAGACUAAUAGCAAAAUUUAUCGUUUUCAUUGUACGUCACAAAUGACUUAACAAUAACUGGAAGACGUCAAGAAGUCAAGAACCGAAAUAUGGUUACCUACGAUUGCAAUUGCAAUGUUGCAAUUACGGAGGGAAUAUUUGGAGAAUAUUAUGCCGAAUCUGCGAAGGACAAAAUACGCCGCUACGACGGUGAAGAAUACUAUGAGGAUGCUGAAAGUAAUAAAGGACUUCAGCCGAUACCAGUCAAGUCAUACACAAUGAUAAAUAAGAAUCGCUUGGAGAUUGUGGUCAUUUCCUGGGGUGCCACGAUUGUUUCUAUAAAGUAUCCCGAUAAGUUUGGACGUAUCGCGGAUGUUGUGCUCGGUUUCGAUGAUUUGAAGAGUUAUACGAAUCCCGAAAUUAAUCCGUUUAUAGGAUGCAUAUUGGGCAGAUGCGCGAACCGCAUAAGAGACGGCAGUAUUGUUAUUCAAGGCCAAACUUAUCAGCUAACGAAAAACGAUCUUGGCAAACAUGGCAAACAUCAUUUGCACGGAGGUACGAGGGGCUUCGGCCGGCGAUUGUGGGAAUCGCAUAUCGACGGCUGCUCAAUCGUUAUGACGUAUAUGAGCGAAGAUGGCGAAGAGGGAUAUCCUGGUGCGGUAUUGAGCACAGUGAGAUUUAGGUUGACGCCUGACAAUAAGCUGGAAAUAGGUAUCCGGGCGACAACGACCAGUUCCACUAUAGUAAACAUCUCGCACGGUUCUUUGUUCAAUCUCGCUGGACACGACGCCGGUAAGAAGGAACUGUUGAAGCACAAGAUCUCGUUGAACUGCGAUCGCUGGACCUUCGCAGAAUACACGGAUCCGGUACCAACCGGCGCCAUCCGAGGAGUCGGAGGAACCAUCAUGGAUCUGCGUGUACCAAAGUUUCUGGAAAACUGUAUCGAGAAGGUACCUCUGGGAGAGGGAUACGAUCACAACUUCUGCAUCACGCCGAGUUGGCACGGAGGUAACGUGUACGUCGCUCGAGCGGUUCAUCUCAAAAGCGGUCGCGCCUUAGAAGUUUAUUCGAACCAACCUGGCGUACAGUUUUACACGGGUGGUCGUCUACGCGGUACUUUCGAGACUGGUAAUGAUACUGUUGCACACGACAACAACCCGGAUAGUGAAGAGGUGUUUGAAGAAAAUGAGAAAGAAAAGGUGACUGAUAAAACAGAACAAUAUACGAUAUCAGAGCGCGAAUCGCCGGAAUUUAUUUUGGGGAAGCAAGGCGCUCGCUAUUCGAAGCAUUGUGCUUUCAGUAUUCAACCGCAAAACUAUCCAAAUGCCAUUAAUUACUCGCACUUUCCCUGUUCUAUUCUACGACCCGGGGAGAUCUAUUCUCACGAUUUAAUUUAUAAAUUUGGCAUCCAAUUGGCCAAUUUCAUGUGAUGCGUUUCUACAUUAGGAAAUCAUCGAGCCUGCAUAGGCACAAAAAAUAUUCAAUCAUGAUACUACAAUUAUUAGCUUAACUAAAAACAAAUAUAUUCCAACGAAAAAUUUCGCGAUGUUACCAACUACAGACCCAAAUGAAUCGUUGAUCGUCACCGAGCGUUGAAUCCAUUGAGGCAGCACUUUGACUUUAUGACAAAAACGUUUAUCUAACAAUACUACUGUCGAGUAAUCAUUGAUGUGACGAACGGAUCGACCAAUACAUUGAUUCACUGCUUUCAUGCAAGAAUUUUCGUAAAAGCUGCUUCCGGCAUCCGGUUUCUGGAAAAACAAAAAAUUUUUUUUAAUUGAAAAUUAAAUUAUAUUCUCGGAACUCCAUAAUAAAGAAUUCUACAUUUAAGUGUACAUACAA